AUGACAGGCCGACAACGUUUGGCGCAUGCGACUGAGCGUUGCCUAUCACCACUGCCUACAACAAAACGCAUUUGUCUAUAUAGCCGACUGAACGAAAAACCAAGGCUGAAAUACGAGUCGUCUUUCAAAGUGGGCAACACAAUGAACAUAAUGACCACUUCUCCAACCCCACUCCUCAAACUGUCUAUGGAGACAAUUUAUUGUAUAUUUGAUUAUUUGACAAGCACCGAACAAUUGGAAUUUGCAUUAUCAUGUUCAUGUAUAUACCGCGCGUUUAGAAUUUAUUAUUUGGGUUUUUACUCACUAAAGUGGGAAGAAGUUCAAUGGACAACCAAUUUAAAUAAAGAGAAUGGUCAGACUAUUACAAGACCUGCAACCACGAAAAUUACGACUCACCAACAACAUUACACUCCGGGCUACACUCCGCCACAGCCACCUCUUUCCCCUCCGCCACAAAUUUACCGCACAACAGUUUUUCUAGCUAACAAGCUCUAUCUCCCAUUUUUGUCUCCGGAUUUGCCAUAUUGUUACGUUCUAUGUCUUUCCGAUUCAACCUUACGGUGGAUUCCGUACCCGCUUUCUAUACAUCCAGCCUCCAGCUUGCUCUAUACACCACUUUUAAAUACUGCUGCAACAGUUGCAAACAAGAAGAUAUACUUGUUUGGUGGGGAAACUUAUUGCGGUAAUGUCAGCAACAUAUUAUAUGAAAUAGACGUCGAAAAGAUGGAGAUUAAAGUUGUUGAAGCGGAAGGAGUAAUUCCGGGCGAAAGGUGUAUGCACACUAUCCAAACGGUAGCUGAGAAUUGGCUGGCAGUUUUUGGGGGUAGACGUAUAGCAUAUGAUAGUAAUGAGUAUGAUGAACCGAUAUAUUACGACGCGGGAGAUCUUUAUCUAUUCUAUAUCCCAUACUCUACAUGGAUUUCACCUACGACAUUAUGUUCAACACCAUAUCCACGAUCGUAUCACACGUUCGUUGCCAUCGAUUCGGCAUUAUACGUAUACGGCGGACAGCAAAUAGCAUUUACGACUGGAUGUAAACGAGAAGACGAUCAAAUAGAAUUAAAUGCAUCUUUUAACAAGUUUAACGGCGCUGCCUGCGAAAGUAGUAGAAGAUACUUUAAAAACAGCGUUCACGAUGAUGAGGAUUUAUGGUGCCUUCAAAUCAGUAAUUUCCUGCCAGCUUUAUCCUCACCAUCUUUCUCUAUUUUACAUUCAGACAUCAUAAAUGAUGCAACCACGGCAAGUAUAAAUUAA